AUGUGCUACGACCGCUACGUUGCCAUCUGCAAACCCCUGCACUACGGGACCCUCCUGGGCAGCAGAGCUUGUGCCCACAUGGCAGCAGCUGCCUGGGCCACUGGGUUUCUCAAUUCUCUGCUGCACACAGCCAACACAUUUUCCCUGCCCCUGUGCCAGGGCAAUGCCCUGGGCCAGUUCUUCUGUGAAAUCCCACACAUCCUCAAGCUCUCCUGCUCACACUCCAGCAUCAGGGAAAUUUGGCUUAUUGUGGUUAGUUGCUCUUUAGUAUUUGGUUGUUUCAUUUUCAUUGUUUUCUCCUAUGUGCAGAUUUUUAGGGUUGUGUUGAGAAUCCCCUCUCAGCAGGGACAGCACAAAGCCUUUUCCACGUGCCUCCCUCACCUGGCCGUGGUCUCUCUGUUUAUCAGCACUGGCUUGUUUACUUACCUGAAGCCCCCCUCCACCUCCUUCCCAUCCCUGGAUCUUGCCCUGUCAGUUCUGUAUUUGGUGGUUCCUCCAACACUGAACCCCCUCAUCUACAGCCUCAGGAACCAGGAGAUCAAGGAUGCUCUGAGGAAAAUCAUAACUGGGUGUUUUUCACAAUCAAUAAACUCUCCUUCUUCUGCAUGUUAUGGACAUCAUUAA